AUGUUUCUUUUUCUCCUCCUCCUCCUCUCUGUUUCCCGCUCCGGCGAAUCUUCGCCGGCCGUCCCAUUAGGCACCGGCGAUCUUAACAGAAAAAGUUUUCCGGAGGGAUUCUUGUUUGGAACCGCCACGUCAGCAUACCAGGUCGAAGGCGAGACGCAUCAAGACGGUCGUGGGCCAAGCAUCUGGGAUGCCUUCGUCAAGAUUCCUGGGAAGAUUAUCAACAAUGCCACGGCUGAGUUAACAGUGGACCAAUAUCACCGUUACAAGGAAGAUGUAGAUUUGAUGCAGUCACUGAACUUUGAUGCCUACAGAUUUUCCAUCUCAUGGUCCAGAAUAUUUCCUGAGGGAACCGGUAAAAUCAACUGGAAAGGAGUUGCUUAUUACAACAGAUUGAUCGAUUACUUAAUCCAAAAAGGGAUUACACCGUAUGCGAAUCUGUACCACUACGAUCUUCCUUUGGCCUUGGAGCAAAAGUAUCAAGGCUUGCUUAGUAAACAAGUUGUGGAAGAUUUUGCGGAUUACGCAGAGUUUUGUUACAAGACAUUUGGAGAUAGAGUGAAGAACUGGAUGACAUUCAACGAGCCACGUGUAGUAGCUGCUUUAGGUUAUGACAACGGUAUUUUCGCGCCGGCUAGAUGCUCUAAAGCCUUUGGAAACUGCACCGAAGGAAACUCUGCGACCGAACCAUACAUUGUUGCACAUCACCUUAUCUUGGCACACGCAUCAGCCGUCCAAAGAUACCGCCAAAGUUAUAAGGAGAAACAAAAGGGAAGGAUUGGGAUCCUUCUUGAUUUCGUUUGGUUCGAGCCUCUUACGAGUAGUGAAGCAGACAAUGACGCUGCUCAAAGAGCUAGAGACUUCCAUUUUGGAUGGUUUAUUCACCCAAUAGUGUAUGGAGAGUAUCCCAAGACGAUGCAGAACAUCGUGAAAGAGAGGCUUCCAAAGUUCACGGAGGAAGAAGUGAAAAUGGUGAAAGGUUCCAUAGAUUUCGUGGGAAUAAACCAAUACACGACUUACUUCAUGUCAGAUCCUCAUCUCACCACAAAACCUAAGGAUUUAGGUUAUCAACAAGAUUGGAACGUCGCUUUUAACUUUGCAAAAGAUGGGAAACCAAUUGGUCCAAGGGCAUAUUCGGGAUGGUUGUACAACGUGCCAUGGGGAAUGUACAAGACCUUGAUGUACAUUAAGGAACAUUACGGCAACCCAACGAUGAUUCUCUCCGAAAACGGUAUGGAUGAUGCGGGCAACAUUACUCUAGCUCAAGGACUAAAUGACACGAUGAGAAUCAACUACUAUAGAGACUACUUAGUUCAGCUUAAAAAGGCAGUGGACGAUGGAGCCAAUUUGACUGGAUACUUUGCGUGGUCAUUGCUCGAUAAUUUCGAAUGGUUAUCAGGAUAUACUUCAAGGUUUGGAAUUGUGUACGUUGAUUACAAGAACUUGAAGAGCGUUUUUCAUCCACAUGAUCAAGUCUCUUGCUGUGCUCUUGUCUUUGAUCUCACCGAGAGAGCCUCCUUUGACAACUUGAGGAAGCACUUUGACGAUUUUAACUCACAGGUUCAUCCACACCCUUAUAAGUUCAAGUUUGUGGUGAUAGUCAAUAAGAGGGACAAGCUAAUACCCUGGCCACGUGACCGAGCGGUUUCCAAAGAAGAAGCUAUUGAUUGGUGUUAUUCACACAAAGAAGCUUUCUACUUUGAGACAUCUGCUGCAGAUGGAUCGAAUGUGGUGGACGCAUUUGAGCAAAUUGCAAGAGAUCCGGAAUCUUCCGAGAACAGAACACUGAGUCUUGAGCGUGAUGGUGACCGUCGUGUCAGUGAUCGGGUGAGCGCAGAGGAUCUGAAAUGUCUGAUUCCAGACACGGUCGUGCUCUGA